AAAAAGAAGAACAGUUAACAUAAUAUAUCAAUGGCGUUUCCUGAGCUUCGAAUGAGACUAUUGGUAGACAAGGAGACAGACAAGGUUGUAUUUGCCGAAGCAGGAAAGGAAGAAAUUGAUUUCCUCUUCAGCAUUCUCUCCCUCCCUCUCGGAACCGUCACCAGGCUCCUCUCCGAGGAACAGGGUAUGGUCGGUUGCCUGGGAAAUAUCUACACUAGCAUUCAAAAUCUCGACCAAAGCUACUUACAACCCGACCAGGAUAAAGAUUGUCUCUUGAACCCCACCUUCGUUCCUCUCGUACCACUUCUCUUGCCUUUGGAUCACCAUGAAACAUCUCAUCCAACCCCAACCGCAAAACAGUUGUACAAAUGUUCUAACCACACCUACGCCGCCGACACCUCUCAGGCUCACUGCCCUGCUUGCAAGUGCCGCUUGUCUGUUCCUUUGACUUACGUUCAAUGGGAUGUGACCUCAUCAUCGGUGAUGUCGGCGGCGGGAAGUGACGGAGGAGGUGGCGGUGGAGGAGGGUUUGUGAAAGGGGUGGUUACUUAUAUGGUUAUGGAUGAUUUGAUGGUGAGUCCGAUGUCAACCAUUUCUAGUAUUGUUUUGUUGAACAAGUUCAAUAUUAAGGAUGUUAGCUCACUUGAGGAAAGGCUUGUUCAUUUGGGCGUGGACGAGGGUUUGAAGAUAUUGAAAGCAUCAAUGGAGUGUAAGAAGGUGCUUACAACUGUGUUUGUUAAAGGCAUGAUGAGGGAUCCACCGGCUGCACCACCAUCAGCACCAACACCAGCACCAGCAGCAACUGUUGGUAAUUAUUAAUAGAAACCCUAGCUAGCUAGGAGAAGAGGAAGGAGAAGAAGAUGAAGAUGGUGUAUCUCAACUUUGGUUAAAUUAUUAUCUGUCUUUAGUUUAUUAGUUUUUUCACAUUUGAUUCUUGUAUGGGUUAUGGCUUACCUAAUUUCCCAUGUGACAAUCUCUCGUAUUCAAUAAUUAUGUCUUUAGACACUUUCACUACAUUUUAAGGUAAUAUGUUUUAUGCUUCA